UACUCUGCUGCCAUUCUGUGGACCGGAGCGCUGUUUAAAAUGGCCCAGAGAUAAUCCGACCUUCUUUACGACAGGUAUAUCCCUCAAACAGGUGUGGCUGGGGUCGAAAGAGCCCACCUGGACACAUCUGUUCAUAACAUCUGCACAGCGGACCACUAUAACCGGCUGUCGGACUGAUAAAUCACCCGGUAUGUCUUCGUCCGCCGCCGCUGCCAGAAAGAAGCACGUCCGUUUUGCUAGCAUGGAGGACGAGCAGGAGGAAGACACGCUGUUUGACCGGAGGAAGGCCGGCCCGGAGCCGCACAGCGCGCUGAAAGUGGCCCGCAGGUCGACGGACAAGCCGGGAUGUGACGGCCGGGGGAGGGUGGUCGGAGGAAGGGGCGGAAGCGGCGCGUGUGGCCGCUGGUUGGUGACGCUCGCGCUGUGUGGAUCCUUCCUGGGUUUGGGAAUGAGCAUCUCUGUCCUGGGCCCCACCUUCAAAGACCUGGCUGAGAACGUGAACAGGAGCAUCAGCAACAUCUCCUACAUCUUCGUCGGCCGCUCUGCGGGCUACAUCGGGGGCUCCCUGAUAGGAGGCUUUCUGUUUGAGUGGAUGAACCCCCACCUGCUGCUGGGACUGUCGGUGCUGCUCACUGCGUCUGGGAUGUAUGCCAUCCCUUUCUGUAAGCAGGCGGCACUCCUCACCGGCUUCAUGUCCAGCGUUGGGAUUUCUAUGGGUGCUUUGGAUACAGGGGGGAACGUCCUCAUCCUGAACACCUGGGGGGAGCAYUCAGGUCCUCACAUGCAGGCUCUUCACUUCAGCUUCGCAGCCGGAGCCUUCCUGUCGCCCAUCAUAGCCAAGCUGCUGUUCGGCUCAGAGAGUGAGGCUGAGACCACCACCUCCUCGWCUCUGAACUCCUCGUCUCUGAACUCGUCUCUGAACUCCUCAUCUCUGACCUCCAGGUCUGUGGUCACCGCGGCCCCCCCGGUCAUCRUAGAGUCCAUGUGGUCCUACAUCGUGAUCGGCUCCUUCCUCCUCCUCAACUCUGUGUUCUUCUUCGCCCUGUACUGCGGCGGCGGCGGCGCGGCGCGGGACAAGCCCCGCUCGGCGUCAGAGCGGCCCCUGGUGGCCAGACACCACACGGUGCUGGUGGUGAUGCUCUUCUUCUUCUUCUUCGCCUACGUGGGGGCAGAGGUGGCGUACGGCUCCUUCAUCUUCACCUACGCCAAGGACCACGCCCACAUGUCCCCGCCCGAGGCCGCGGGGCUGAACUCGCUGUUCUGGGGGGCGUUCGCCGCCGCUCGGGGGCUGGCCAUCUGUUUUGCGGCCUGCCUGCACCCGGGCACCAUGAUCGUGCUGUGCCUGGUGGGCUCCGUGGUCUCCUCUCUGCUCCUCAGCCUCUUCAGCAGGAGGACCGUGGCUCUGUGGGUCUGCAGCGGACUCUACGGGGCCUCCAUGGCCACCACCUUCCCCAGCGGCAUCUCCUGGCUGGAGCAGUACACCACGGUGACGGGCCACACGGCGGCGGCCUUCGUGGUGGGCGCAGGUCUGGGUGAGAUGGUGCUGCCGGCGCUGGUGGGCUUCCUGCUGGGCAGGUUCCCCCAGCAGCCCCUGCUGAUGUACCUGUCCCUCAUCACCGCCGCCUUCACCUCCAUCCUCUUCCCCUUCAUGUACCGGCUGGCCUCAGCGCCCGGCAGCCCCACGGACGACGGCGAGUCCAGGCAGGCCCUGCUGGACUCAGGGACCACCGAGGAAGAGGAGGAUGAAGUUGAGC